UUAUAUAUUUUCCAUGGUAUAGUUACUGCCGUUCAUUCAGCAGUUAUAAAAUAUCUGCUUCCAUCUUAAGCUUUCUUAACCUGAUUUGUAUUGAUGACGCUAAAGGCCUAUUGUUAUAGCUAUUUUUACCGAAAUGCAUUUUUAAGGUAGGCUACAGAUAAAACAUCACAGUGAUCUUUCUAAGUCAAAUUCAGUAUUCCAAAAUAGGCCUACGUGAUUUCUGUAAGAAUAUCUCAAAGCCUGUUUAAAUUCUCUUGGUUUUCUUUAUCACAGGUAAAUUAAAAAUGUUUGGGAAAUGCAAUGAAAUUACCUUAUUUUGGCCCCACUUAAACAAAUGUAGGUUUGUGUGCGUCUGUGUGAUGUACCUGGUAUUCACUAAAAUUCCCUCUAGCCUACAUUAUGUGGACCAAAUUUCCCCAUGCAUAUGGCUAGCUAAUACCAGUAAAUGUUGACAUCAUGGGGACUUUGUUAUUUAUUUAUUUUUUAAAGAGAAAAACUUAUAAAUCAUAUAGAAGUGUUUAGAAAAUCAAAAAUAGCAGAACGUUUUCUGUGAUGUAUUUGAAAGUUACAGUUUUGUAAUUAGCUCGCUGUGAUUACAAGCCACUUAUGCCACACAAUUGGACAGUAGGCUACUUUUCUUCACUGCUACAAAUUUCAUGACUGAUUUCACGUCUUUGUUCUGAAAUAAAAACGCCCUAUUUUUUUGUUAAGAAAUAGGAUAAUUCUUAAACCUGUACACGUUUUAUAGGCAAUCCUCACUCUUUCUGAAUUUCUCAUAUUUCUACUUUUCUCCUGUGCUUGAUCACUGGGUAAAAAAACUGAGUGACAGCUGUCACUCGGAUGAUAUCGCGGAGGGAUAUUAUUUUUUCUUCAUGUGGCACUCCGGUUCGGGACACGCCAAGUGCGGAUAGAUAUAUAAUGUAACGUUACUGAGCAUUUAUUAAACCAUAUCUUGGCCCAACUUUCUUUCUUUCUUGAAUCUUUACUGCCUAGUCUAAAAAGCAUCUCGUAGAACACUAGACAGCUCAACCCUUCUUUGAUUUGACUGGCUAUCGCCAACCUGACCAGUGGUGCAGACAAUCGAACAUACAAGUUUUUAAAAUCGAGUAAAUCUUUUUAGAACCGUUUUGUCAUCCCUGGAACUAGGCUCAGUCCAUAUAAAUAUAAGAGAGGCGCCUAAGUGCGUUGCUGUGCGUUAUCAAACAUUUACAGUUUUGUUCGCAUUAGGAUAUCCCUUUAAACGUUUAUAAGGGGAGAAAAACACCAAAACUUGUGUUUAAAAUCAGUGACACAGUAACCUAACGGAGUAAACACCGUCUCCAGAGCUCUGGUUUGUGGCUAAUGGUUAAGCGAGAACUCUGGGAGAGACAUGAAAACGCCCACUAGAUACUUGAACUCGACACCAAAUACACGCCGUUACCGGGGAGUUUUCACAAGUCUAACGGUCUCUCCAGGAUGGAUGUUUUAGCAGUUCCCCAAAUGAGAGAAGAGGGCUGGUACUUGUCUCUUAUGGCACCAAACACAAAGGGUCCAAAGUUUGCAUGGCUUGAUCCAUCAAGACUCUAUUGCAAUCCACAGGCACUGUCAGAUUGCGUAAAAGAUCUUCUCAAACCAUUCCAGAAUGAGACCAUUGACCUGGUAGCUGGAAUAGAUGCCAUGGGCUUCAUCCUCGGGUCAGCUGCGGCCAUAACUUUAGGAAAAGGAUUUUUGGCCAUUCGAAAAGCAGGACACUUAUGUGUUCAAACUCAAACUCAGGACUACAGCGACUACUCUGGACGGGAGAAACUGAUGGAAGUGCGUGUUGAUGUGUUAAAGCCAGGUCUGCGGGUUCUUAUAGUUGACCAGUGGAUCGAGACUGGAGGAACUAUGAGAGCAGCUAUCAAACUGCUGGAGAAUCAAGGAGCUACUGUCGUAGGCAUUGCUGCUGUGGCCAUUGAAAACAGUGAGGGAGGAAAGUGGCUAAAGGAAAACUAUAAAUAUUCCCACUGCAUUCCAAAAGAGCUGCAAUCUCAGAUUGACAGUCAGUACUUGGAGUCUUUUAAGAACUUUAGUGGCUAAAUAUUAAGAAAUCAGGGAGAAAAAAAUAAUAAGUCAGUCGGCCCUUGGAUCAGCUGCAGUUUGUGACAUGUAUUAUUGUAUGUGAAGAGGUAUGAAUCUUGUGAGGACUGAUCUCUAUAAGCUUGAAUGAAUUUGAUUCAGUACAUUCGUCAUGUUUUAAAAAAUUAUUUGUCAUAUUGGUCAUAAACAUGUCUGUUUUUGUUGUUGUUACACUAAAAUACCAAUAGAGGUCACUAUCAUACUACUAACUUGAAAAUGCUCAAAUGUGACCCUAGACCACAAAACCAUUCUUAAGUGUCAAUUUUUCGAAAUUGAGAUUUAUACAUCAUCUGAAAUAAAGCUGAAUAAAUAAGCUUUUCGUUGAUGUAGGGGUUGUUAGGA